AUGGGUUCGAUUGGAUCUAUAUUCUCAAUUUUUCGACGUCCAUCUGAUGCACACGGACCGGUGAAGAGCACAGAGGCUUUGCAAACUGGCCGCCACCUUGUGGCUGCCGGUUAUGCCCUCUACGGAAGCGCUACAAUUAUGGUCUUGUCUGUUGGUACCGGUGUCCAUGGAUUCGCUUUGGAUGGGUCUGUUGGUGAGUUUAUCCUCACUCAUCCCAACAUCCAUGUCAAUCCUCGCGGGAAUAUUUACUCCAUAAAUGAGGGUUAUGCCAAUACUUGGGACGCUGCAAUCACCGAAUACAUUCACGAAAAAAAAUUCCCGAAGACUGGAAAGCCGUACUCGGCGCGGUACAUUGGUUCCAUGGUGGCGGACGUUCAUAGAACCCUAGUCUACGGUGGUAUCUUUCUUUAUCCGGCCACAAAAACGUCCAAGUCAGGAAAGCUUCGUCUACUGUACGAGUGCUAUCCGAUGGCAUUCAUCAUGGAGCAAGCCGGCGGAGCCGCGUCCACCGGUUUCAUACCCGUUCUGGAUAUUCAACCCCAUCACAUUCACGAACGUGCACCAAUUAUUAUGGGCAGUCGAGAGGAUGUGGCUGAUGUGGAGGCACUCAUACAGAAACACAAAUCGGCAAUCUAG